AUGGCCUUGGUUCCCUACGAGGAGGGAGGCGGCUGGGCAGCGCGGCAGCUGCACAGCCCUUCGGCCACCUUCCACUUCGCCAGCCGCACCAUCCGCCUCCGGCAGGACUGGCGGCGGCUGGGAGUGGCGGCCGUGGUCUGGGACGCGGCUGUUGUCCUGUGUGCUUAUCUGGAGAUGGAAGGCGCUGAUCUCAGGGAUCGGUCUGUGAUCGAGCUGGGAGCUGGAACUGGAUUGCUGGGAAUAGUGGUCACACUGCUAGGUGCCCGUGUUACCAUCACAGACAGAGCAGCAGCACUGGAGCUCCUGGAGUCAAAUGUGCAGGCGAAUUUACCCCCUGAACUACGUCCCAGAGCAGUGGUGAAGGAGCUGACGUGGGGAAAAGACCUGGAUAACUUCCCUCCAGGAACAUUUGACUUUGUCCUGGGCGCAGACAUCGUUUAUCUGGAAGAAACAUUUGCAGAGCUGCUUCAGACGCUGGAGCACCUGUGCUCAGAGCGAACGGUGAUUCUUCUUUCCUGUCGUAUCCGCUAUGAGCGGGAUCUCCAGUUCUUAAAGAUGCUGAGAGAGCGUUUCUCUGUAUCCGAGGUCCAUUAUGAUUCCAGUAAGGAUGUUCAUAUCUAUAAAGCACAGAGGGGUAGUCACAAGGAUGACUUUUGA